UAUGGCGACGAGAGAUUUUGUAUUUUGUAUAUAAAAAAUGGUUGUGAACUAAAUAGGCGCAAAAAUGGUCAUGACUAAAUCGGAGGCGCUGAAAAUUCUUGAAAUAGCUGAAGGCUCCACGCAAGAUGAAACUCGUGCAAGUUAUAAAAAGCGCUCCCUGCGAUGGCACCCGGAUAAACAUAGCAACAGUGCUGAAUGAACCAAGAAAUUUCAAGAAAUUUCUGAGGCAUACAAGAGGUUGACCAGUAAGGAAGACGAUGAUGAUAUCAGGAUAUCAAUGGCAGAUAUGUUUGAUUUGUUUGCUCACAUAUUCUUCAGCAAUAAUGGAUACUUUGCUCCAGAUAAUUUUUUUUAUUCGGAUGAUGAAUACGAUGACGAAUACGAUGGUUACGAUGACGAUGACUAUGAUGAUGAUGAUGUUGACUUUCUUAUGUCUGACUCGGACGACGAUUUUCCCAUUUAUGGAGGUCGACAACAUCAUGCAAAGUAUUCUGAUAUGAUGGCAAGAAGAGUCAGUAAAGCAACAGCUAAUUCUUUUAAGCAAGAAGUUUUGAAAAAGAAAAAACAGGUCCGUCCAGAAAUAUCUGAAGAACAAGAAAAAAUGCCGAAGAAUUAAUACAGGAAGAGGAGAAAUCGAAGAAAAAAGCGGAAAAACGCAAAGCUAGAAGAAAGAGAAAUCGAGCUAAUCGUAAGAAAAGAGAACGAGAGAAAAGUAACGACAGU